GUAACAACACGUAACGUAAACGUUUUUAGUUUACAUCGCGGCAUAGCUAGCUAGCUAACUAAAAAAGCCGAAACUUCAGUUUAUUUGAGUUAACUUUAGUUAUCCGAGCUUCUUUCAUGUUCCAAUAAGACAGCACACAGCACCACUGGUACCUGUGUGACUGAAGCAGCUGGCAGGAUGAGUGGCUCUAUGGCCGAGCUGGACACAGCGCAGAACAAGCUGGAAUAUAUCGACACUGAUGACCAUUCUUCCAAGGAUUGUGGUGGUUUUGAAAACGACAGUAAUGCCCACCGUGGCCCUGCAGGGGCUCCUGUAUGGGGGGCCGGGGCCCCUUCAGAUGCCAGUCUGCUAGUUCCUCACCCUCACCAGCCAGGAAUGGUCGACUCUCUCACCCUAAGGUUCCACUGUCCAUGUCAGUCCCCUCAGUGUCAGCUGACGUACCCCGACUUCCUGCUGGAGCCCCAGGCCAGUCAGUACCAGCUCUUCAGCGGGCCUGUGGCUGCUCCGGCAGACAGCAGCCAUCCCAGCUCAGCGUCGGCUCCUUGGUUUGCUAACGAACCCAUUCUCUGCAGCAUGAUGCCGGGAGACUUACAUGGCCCUUUAUUCAGCAUCUGUGUACCCCCAGGCAUGGACCAUCAGCCGUUUCAGGAUGGGCUGACUGAGUUUACAUCCCAUAUCCCACAGCCUGUGGUGUGUAAUGUGAGUGCGGAUGGCCAGGUCGUGCUGGUUAACCCCUGUGAGCCCGGACCCGUGUUUAUGACCAUGACUUCUGCACCAACACACAGAGACAACGAUGUGAGUGUGUUGAGGACUCCUAGCCAGCUUCCCCAGUACCACAAGACAGCGUGUCCCCUGUACGAGUCCAGAGAUCAGACAACCAGCAUGCAGCCACCACCCCCCCCAGCACAAACUGCUGGAACGUGUCAAUCAAAGUCCAGGAAGCCCUGCCACUGCACCAGAUCCCAGUGCCUCAAACUCUACUGUGAGUGUUUUGCUAACGGAGUGAUGUGCAGCGACUGUGACUGCUCUAACUGCCACAACAAUGCAGAGCAUGAAACCAAGCGUCUCAAGGCAAUAAAGUCCUGCUUAGGUCGUAACCCAGAUGCCUUCAGGUCUAAGAUUGCUGCUGGGAAGUCCGGAGAGGUCAAAGGUUGGCACAACAAAGGCUGCAACUGUAAACGCUCGGGCUGCCUCAAGAACUACUGCGAGUGCUAUGAGGCCAACAUCAUGUGUACCUCCAGCUGUAAAUGUGUUGACUGUAGAAACUAUGACGACGGCUCAGAAAUGCACUCCAAAGAGAAGAACAAAUGGCCUGUGUCAGUGAUAACCCCGGCUGUGGUGGAGGCUGUGUGUAGCUGCCUGCUGGCCCAGGCUGAGGAGGCUGAGAGGGAGGCCCAUAGCCCCCGCCGGGCUGAGCACAUGGUUCUGGACGAGUUUGGACACUGUCUCACACAGAUUGUCAAGGCCAUGUUCAAAGACAACACACCCUGACACUUCGGAGUCACACUGCGGAGACAUCGCUGGAUCUUACUUCAGAACCCCACCCGCUUAGCAGAAAAACAGCUGGACCAACAGGGAUAUUUGAACCCAUGCAUUGUGGUUUGGAAGGCUUCACAGAUUACUUCUACUUUUUAAUGUGUGUAGUUUGCAAGCUGUCAUGUGACAACAGCAUGAAACGAAACAAUGACCACAGCUUACAAAAUUGCUUAAUUUUACAUCAGCCGCCGUACUGGUAAUGUCAUACUCAGGUUCAUAUUGUAGAGUAUUAUUUUCAAUAUAAUGUAGUAUUAUUUGUGCUGUUAAAGGGAUAGAUCAGAUGUGUUGAUGUGUGGUUGUAUGAGGCACUUCCCCAUAGUGAGUGUAUUACCUACAGUAGAUGGCGAUCGGCAUCAAGCUUAGCAAAUGUCCUGCUGUGGGCGGGGGCAGCAGCUAAAUGGAUUUUACACACCUAAAACAUCUGUACCAGUUUAAGUGUACGCUAUUAUUUUGAAUAUUUUCACUGCUUCACCUCGCUGUCAGACCUUGACAUAAGUUUCUCUCCUCUCUGUUAUUCGGCCAUUCAGUCUCCCUCUGCAAAAGUUUCUCUUCUGUAUACUCGGCACAGUCGUGCUUCUGUGCAGGAAUACAGAAGUUCUACAGUUGAGAAAAUGUAGUGCCAAAGGAAAGGGCUGUUUGACAUCAAGGUGAAGCUGUAAUUAUAUUCUAAAUAUAGCGUCCACUUAUAUAUA